AUGCCUUUGAGGCUCUUUGGCUUUAACAAGCUGGGCGUCGCGUGCGGUGUCACCAGCCACUGGAAGAAGGAGCUGGAUCUGACGGAGGAGACAAAAGACCUGGCCCUGGGGGGGGCGCGAUCCCCGCUCGCCAGCUUCGCCUACGAGAAGGAGCAGCAGGACAAGUACAUGUUUGUGCUCAGUGAGGUGUCCUGUGUGUUUUACAGAUUGCGACUCACAAAGCAGCCCUGGCUGAUGCAACAAUUCUCCCAUGCCCAACGCCACCUUCCGCCCAGCUAUGAACCUGACAUAUACCAGCCCUUCCUGGCCACAUAUGGCACCCACUAUCUGAGCCAGGCAGUGCUGGGCGGGCGUGUGCGGCAGCUGACGGCCAUCCCGACCUGCCGGGCAGCGCUGGACGGGCUGACAGAUGCUGAAAUCAGAGAGAAGGAAAACAGGGAGAACCUGGGCUCCAAGUUCUUCAAAGACCUGGGAUUGAACCAGUUUCCCUCAGGCUCCCACGACAACGAGCCGAGCAGCCAGGGCAGGCUGAGCUCCCCGGUGCCCUACAUGGAGAAGCGCAUCGAGGUGACGGGGGGGGACAGCCACACCCAGGAACUCUUCUCCACCACCCAGAACACCACGACAUUCACAGCCUGGCUGGAGAGCCUCCACGCCAGCCCCAGCCUGGUCUCCUUCUCCCUGGAGCCCAUCCACACGCUGGUUAAGCAGGGAGACCCCCGGCGGGAGGCGCUGAAGCAGGCGGUGAAGGAGUACGUGGCUGAGCGGGAGCAAAGGCGGAACUGCACUGGGAGCUGCCCAGAGGGCGGCUAUGUUGACUCCUUGGAUCCCUGCAAAUGUCACUGCUCCAGCAACCCCGUCACCGACUCCAUGUGCUGCUCCCUCCGGCGGGGCCUGGUCCGGCUCAGUGUCCACGUGCAGUGGGCUAAAGGCCUAUAUGGGGACGUCUCAUCUGGCACCGACGGCUACGUCAAGGUCUUCUUCCAAGGCCAGGAGCUGCGGACUUUCUACAUUGAAGGAAACGACAACCCCAAGUGGUUUCACAAGCUGAACUUCGGGCUGGUGACGCUGUCGGUGCAGCCCAAGCUGAGAGUGGAGGUGUGGGACAGUGACCCACAUUAUGACGACCUGCUGGGUGCCUGCGACAUCGAACUCGAGUCUGGCAAGGACGUCACGCUCAUCUGCAACCUGAACCACGGCUUCUUGAGGUUUUCCUACCUGCUGGAGUGCGGGCCCAACCUGGGCGGGGACAGCUGCCAGGAGUACGUGCCGGUGAGGGGCUAAGGGAAGAGAACCCAGGAGUCCUCGCCCCCAGCCAGCUCCCCUCCAUCUCUGUAGCCCCCAGCCCCUUGCCUGAGCUGGAGUUCCCAAGGCUCUCAAGGAAAUACAGCCCCCUCCUUUCCCAGCAACCCCCCAUCUCCGAGGGCGCAGGGCCGUGCGUAUUCCCAUUCCGUCACUCUUUGCAGUAGCUCUGGUUUUGCUGCACCGUGCAGUUCCACCUCAGCGCCAUCGCGCUAAUAAACGUGGGACCGGCUUGA